GCACGCACAAUAAAACCCCUCUCUCUCUCUCUCUAGAUCUUGUGCCCCACUCUCUCUCUCUGCAAAAUCUAUAUUCCUCCCUUCUGCAAUAAUGCUGGUCUACCAAGAUUUGCUCACAGGUGAUGAACUUCUGUCCGACUCUUUCCCGUAUAAGGAAAUUGAGAAUGGAGCCCUCUGGGAGGUCGAAGGAAAGUGGGUGGUGACGGGGUCGGUCGAUGUAGAUAUCGGGGCAAACCCAUCUGCGGAAGGUGGUGGAGAGGAUGAAGGAGUUGAUGACCAAGCUGUCAAAGUGGUCGACAUUGUCGACACCUUUCGACUCCAGGAACAACCUCCUUUCGACAAAAAACAAUUUGUCGCCUACAUCAAAAAGUACAUCAAAUCUCUGUCUGCAAAGCUUGAAGGCGAGCAGCAAGACCAGUUUAAGAAGACAAUCGAGGGGGCAACCAAGUACUUGCUUGGCAAGAUCAAAGACCUCCAAUUUUUUGUGGGAGAGAGCAUGCACGAUGACAGCACGCUCGUUUUUGCCUACUACAAGGAUGGGGCGGCUGAUCCGACAUUCUUGUACUUCGCCCACGGUUUGAAGGAAAUCAAGUGUUAAAAGUGGCUUGCAAAAGCUAAGGUGGUGUUUCGUUUAGCCAUAGAACGAUGCCGUUUUUUCGUAUUUUUAUUGCCACUCUCUAGAGUGAAUAAUUUGUUGCUUAUUUUCGUUUUUGGUUUUUAUGUUAUCGUGCUACCAUUUUUGACCGGAUUGAUGUGCUCGAUUCUCUCUAAAAAGCUCGUUUUGCUCCACUCGAUGA